AUGCACCGAAAAGGUGGAGGAGGGAUUGGAGGUGGAGGCGGUGCCUGUGGUGGCUUUGGAGGUGGAAAAGGUGGAGGAGUAGGAGGUGGAGGUGGUGCCGGAGGAGGGAUUGGAGGUGGAAAAGGUGGUGGCUUUGGAGGUGGAAAAGGUGGUGGUAUUGGAGGAGGGAUUGGUGGUGAAAGUGGUGCAGGUGGUGGCGUAGGAGGUGGCGGUGGUGCUGGAGGAGGCAUUGGAGGUGGAGGUGGAGGUGGUGGUGCUGGAGGAGGGAUUGGUGGUGGAAGUGGUAUAGGUGGUGGCUUUGGAGGUGGAAAAGAUGGUGGUGGUGGUGUAGUAGGUGGUGGUGGUGCAGGUGGAGCAGGAGGUGGUGCUGGCGGCGGUUUGGCGGCGGCGGCAGUGCUGGAGGGGGAAUUGGUGGCGGUUUUUAAAUAUUGA